CAUGGAGAAAAUGUCAUGCUAAGUAAGAGACUUAAUAAUAAUGUGAAAUUUAACUAGUUUUUCUGAAAUGGCAACUCAGAAGCCUGGAGAAUGGGCUAACACUUUAAUUGUUCGUUUUGAGGAACAGUUACCCUGUCGAAUUGGUCCUCAAACAACUCAUUCUAGUAUCAAUGAAGAACAAAACAAAAACUGUAUUAUACAGAUAUCAAGGUACAGGUUUGCACUUGUACUUGAUGGAUUUGUCAAAGUUCUCAAAAGAAUACAUGAACUUUAUCAAAUGGGUGCAUUUGCUGUAUCCCGUCAACAUGGCCCAGAAUUGGAAAAGAAUUAUUACGAUAGUCUAAUAAUUGUUUUGGAAACAUUGGAAAAAUGUUUCAGCAUACAACCUAAAGACUCUAUUACACUUACAAUGGAAGAAAAUCAAAACUUGAAGUCAUUACUUAAAGAAAUAUGUGCUUUUCUAGUUGGAAAAGAUAUGCCCCUUGAUCAUCCAAGUGUACAUGCAAUUAGAUUAUUGUCAAGCAAAGUUCUCUUUGCCUUAAGUGUGAAUUUUUUCAAUGCAGUUUUCAACCGAAUUUCCUCGAAAUUGCAAGAAUUAGCUUCAUGUCCAGAUGAAAAUCCAGAUUUCAGUGAUAUUGAGCUGAUACAACACAUAAAUGUUGAUUUAGGAAGACUUACGAAAUUAUUUCAAGAAGCCAUUUCAAAAUUCAGACUACUGAAAAAAUCAGCUCAUCUUGUUUUAGUAAACUCGUUGGAGAAGGCUGUGUGGAACUGGAUGGAGACAUAUCCAUAUGAGUUUGCCGAGCUGCAAAAAAAUCCCAAUGAGGAAAUGUCAAAGUGUGCUGAACAACUGUUUGAUAUUCUGGAUGCUUUUGGAGAUAACAAAAAAGGACGUUCUUCUGUUUGGUCUUUACAAAUGAUGCUGUUAAUAUUGGCACCUAAUGUUCUAGAAGAAAUAGUCAAUGCUGAUUCGGGGGCACCUUGUUCGCCAAGACAUAACAAAAAGAAAAUGUUCAUAGAUAAUAUUAAAAGGUGUCUGGGACCACAUGGAAAUAGUAAACAACUGACAGAGGCAGCAGCUGUAACUUGUGUUAAACUAUGUAAAGCAUCUACAUACAUCAAUAUCCUCGAUUCCAAUAACGUUGCUUUUGUUCUUGUCCAGAGUAUCAUCAAUGAUUUAAAGAGUCUCUUGUUCAAUCCUGUCAAACCAUUUUCAAGAGGUCAAAAUUACAUGUACCACGACAUGGAUUUGAUGAUCGACUGCUUUGUUUCUGUGUUUCGGAUCAAACCUCACAAUAACGAGGCUCUCAAAGUAUUGUUGAACCUGAAUUCUCCUUCUAGUUACCAUUUUGUAUUGGUGAGGUCCCUAUAUAAAAUCGUCACUCAACCAAGGCUACAUUGGUGGCCGCAAAUUGACUUGGUUUAUAAUAAAUCUUCAGAAUUAAGGGCAAUGUUCACAGAUACAUUGAAUAAAGUUUCUCAGGGGUAUAUUGCUCAUACUCCAUUGAGGAUGAUCCAGAUCACUCUCAAAGGAAAAGAUUGCCAGGGAAAAUUCAAGGACCGCACAGAAGAAGUCCCUAAUAGAAAUUUAUUACUGUACAUGGUUCGACUAGUCCAUGCCGAUCCUAUGCUGAUGUUGAAUAACCAAGGAAAGGCUGGUCAUGAAAUACAGAGUUCCACUUUAGAGCUUAUCAACGGGCUAGUUUCAUUGGUACACCAACCGACAAUGCCAGAAGUCGCUCAAGAAGCUAUGGAGGCCCUACUGGUUCUCCAUCAUCCAGAGAAAAUUGAAGUUUGGAAUCCCGAAGCUCCCAUCAAUACUUUUUGGGAUGUCAGCUCCCAAGUAAUGUUUUCAAUAUCCCAGAAGUUGAUUCAGCACCAAAUCAUGAAUUACACGGAUAUUCUGAAAUGGUUAAGAGAAAUUUUGAUUUGCAGAAAUGCGUUCCUUUCCAAACAUAAGGAAUACGCUAAUUUGGGCAGUUCCAUAGCAAUUUGCAAGCAGGCACAUAUAAAAUUAGAAGUUGUUUUUUUUAUGUAUCUAUGGAGUACUGAUAUGGAUGCAGUCUUAGUAGCUAUGAGCUGUUUUGCACUUCUUUGUCAGGAGGCAGAAAUAAGAUGUGGAUCUGAUGAAGUAACAGUAACAUAUUUGGUCCCAAACUAUCAUGUUUAUCAAGAAUUGGCACAGGCUUCAAAUGUUCUCACAACAGCAUCUGGAGAAACAAGGCCAUGUUUUCCAGAUCACGUUAACGGACGAGCAGCUCUUCAGAAAAGGAUCAUGACCCUUCUGAGAAAAAUAGAGCAUUGUGUGAAUGGUGUUCAACCUGCUUGGGAGGAAACUUAUAUGAACUGGAAUGGAUUAUGCAAGAAUUUAUCAACAUAUCCCAAAGCAAGAACAGAAGAGGGUCAAGUUGAACCAUUUCAUAGAUCUGUCGGUAAACGGAGAGCUUCACACCAAAACUCUGAACAUGAGUUAGAGAAGGAACAAAUAAACGAGUGGGCUAAUAUGACAGGAUUUCUCUGUGCCCUUGGUGGAGUGUGCCUGCAGAGAAAGUCUCCGUCCAGACCUACACUAUCCGCAAGCUCUUUCUGCAGUUUUUCCACAAUGACGAUAAGUUCAAUAGGUAGCAAUAAUUUAGCGUGCGAACAAAGUAGUUUACCUGGUAGCAAGAAAUCAAGUUCACUUCAGAGCCAACAGAAUCCUCCCGAUCAAAGGCAGUACUGUCCUGUCACAUCGUUUGUUGAUUCGUUGUUGAGGCUUCUUGUCUGCACCAACGAAAAAUUCGGCCCUCAAAUACAAAAACAUGUGAAAGAGUUGAUUGGUCAUGAGAUGUCAUCAGCAUUAUACCCUAUUCUGUUUGAACAAAUAAAAGCAGUUGUUGAGAAAUUUUUUGAUCAACAAGGCCAGGUUAUAGUGAGUGAAGUUAAUACCCUAUUCAUCGAACACAUAAUAUUUAUAAUGAAAAACAUUUUGGACUGUGCCAAAAAUGAUCAACCUUCAGAACACUUGGGAAUCACUAGCAUUGAGGGAAUGAUGCUAGCUCUUGUAAGAUACGUCAGACACCUAGACAUGACAGUUCAUGCAAUACAUAUAAAAACAAAAUUGUGCCAGUUGAUCGAGUCAAUGAUGAACAGGAGGGAUGAUUUGUCAUUUCGUCAGGAAAUGAAGUUCAGAAAUAAACUUGUAGAGUAUUUGUCUGAUUGGGUAAUGGGAUCUUCCCAUCAGAUAGCGCCUCCGAGCUCUGGUGAUGUAACCAUUAUUACGAGGGACUUAGAUCAGGCUUGUAUGGAAGGUGUAGCGGCUCUUUUGAGAGGUUUACCUUUGCAGCCUGAGGAAUCGGACAGAGGAGAUUUGAUGGAAGCAAAAAGUCAACUUUUUCUGAAGUACUUCACACUGUUCAUUAAUUUGUUAGGUGAUUGCUCUGAAGCUGCCGAACUCGAGAAGGACUUGAGUAAACAGAAAGUCUAUACAGGAAAGCUGAAUACUUUGCGAACUGCCACUAUUCAGGCUAUGUCCAACCUACUUUCAGCUAAUAUAGACAGCGGACUCAUGCACUCUAUAUAUUUGGGCUACAACAAAGAUCUGCAAACUAGGGCAGCCUUCAUGGAGGUUUUAACUAAAAUUCUACAACAAGGCACGGAGUUCGACACUUUAGCCGAGACCGUACUGGCAGAUCGUUUCGAGCAGUUGGUACAACUAGUUACCAUGAUAAGCGAUAAAGGAGAAUUGCCCAUAGCCGUUGCUUUGGCGAACGUAGUAACCACCUCGCAAAUGGAUGAACUUGCUAGAGUAUUUGUCACAUUAUUUGAUGCCAAACAUUUAUUAUCUCCACUUCUUUGGAAUAUGUUUUACCGGGAGGUUGAAAUAUCAGAUUGCAUGCAAACCCUUUUUCGUGGUAAUUCUCUUGGGAGCAAAAUCAUGGCGUUUUGUUUUAAAAUAUAUGGAGCUAGUUACUUACAAACGUUGCUGGAGCCUCUAAUCCAACCACUGCUGGAUGACUCGUCUUGUAGUUUUGAAGUAGAUCCCGCUAGACUGGAGGUGAAUGAAGACAUUGAGGAAAAUCGACAGAAUUUGACAGCUUUAACCCAGAGAGUGUUUGAUGCCAUUGUCAAUUCUGCAGAUAAGUUCCCUCCCCAGCUCAGAUCUAUGUGUCAUUGUUUAUAUCAAGUUUUGAGUAAGAGAUUCCCGCAAUUUCCUCAAAACAAUAUUGGAGCAGUUGGGACAGUAAUAUUUUUACGUUUUAUAAAUCCAGCCAUAGUUUCUCCACAGGAAAUGGGUAUCGUUGUUAAGCAAGUGCCCACUCACAUCAAAAGAGGGCUGAUGUUGAUGUCUAAGAUCCUACAAAACAUCGCCAAUCAUGUUGAAUUCAGCAAAGAACAACACAUGCUACCGUUUAAUGAUUUUUUACGUGCCCACUUCGAAAUUGGAAGAAGAUUCUUCAUUCAAAUAGCAUCAGAUUGCGAAACCGUGGACCAAACCUCGCAUUCAAUGUCAUUUAUUUCGGAUGCCAAUGUUUUAGCAUUACAUCGCUUAUUGUAUAGUCACCAAGAAAAAAUCGGAGAUUAUCUUUCCAGUAGUAGAGACCAUAAAGCUGUAGGAAGGAGACCUUUUGAUAAAAUGGCCACUCUCUUGGCGUACUUGGGCCCACCAGAACACAAACCUGUUGAUUCUCACAUGUUGUUUUCUUCAUAUGCAAGGUGGAGUUCGCUGGACAUUUCCUCAUCAAAUUUCGAAGAAUUGAUGGCGAAACACAACGUACACGAAAAGGAGGAAUUCAAGUCUCUCAAAGCUCUGAAUCUGUUUUACCAGGCUGGUACAAGCAAAGCUGGUCAUCCGGUAUUCUACUAUAUUCCUAGGAGAUACAAUUUCAGGUUUGGUGAAACCAAUGGGGACUUGCUUAUAUAUCAUGUAUUGUUAACAUUGAAACCCUUUUACCACGCUCCUUAUGAGCUGGUUAUUGACUUCACUCAUACUUGUGCUGAAAAUCGGUUCAGAACUGAAUACCUCCAAAAAUGGUUCUGUGUUGUACCUGAAGUCGCCUGCACUAAUAUCAGUGGCAUUUAUAUUUACAACUGUAAUAGCUGGGUGCGAGAGUAUACCAAAUUCCAUGACAGACUUUUUGCUCCUAUGAAGGGAAGUAGGAAGAUUGCUUUCGUAGAGUCGCCUGCAAAAUUGGCCGAGUUUAUCGACCUCGAUCAACAGAAAUUGCCAGGAGCAACUCUGAGCCUCGAAGAGGAUCUGAAAGUGUUUGCAAAUGCCUUGAAAUUGUCGCACAAAGAUACGAAAGUAUCAAUAAAAGUAGGUCCGACGGCCAUACAAAUAACCUCGGCAGAAAAGACCAAAGUUUUGUCACACCAAGUAUUUCUAAAUGAUAUUUAUUAUGCUUCCGAAAUCGAGGAAGUAUGUUUAGUGGAUGAUAAUCAGUUUACGUUGACUAUAGCAAAUGAAGGUGGCCCUCUUAGUUUUAUACAUAACGACUGUGAUAGUAUCGUGCAAGCUAUUGUACAUAUAAGAAACCGUUGGGAACUAAGUCAACCAGACUCUGUAACGGUUCAUCAAAAAAUUCGACCAAAGGACGUUCCUGGAACAUUACUGAAUAUGGCUUUAUUGAAUUUAGGAUCAUCUGAUCCAAACUUGCGGACAGCUGCUUAUAACCAGCUGUGUGCUUUGACUGCCACUUUCGAUCUGAAAAUCGAAGGACAGCUAUUAGAAACCCAAGGGCUGUGCAUUCCCUCCAAUAACACAAUAUUUAUUAAAUCUGUUUCGGAAAAAUUGGCAACGAAUGAACCGCAUCUGACUUUAGAAUUUUUAGAAGAGUGUAUUCAAGGAUUUAGAGUAUCUAGUAUUGAAUUGAAGCAUUUAUGUUUGGAAUACAUGACUCCCUGGUUGCCUAAUUUGGUUAGAUUUUGUAAGGCAGCUGAAGAAAAUAAAAGACAAAAACAGGUAGCUGGAAUUAUAGAAAAGCUAAUACUGUUGACAAUCGAAGAAGUUCAGAUGUACCCAUCAAUUCAAGCUAAAAUAUGGGGAUCUAUUGGACAAGUUCCCGAGCUCAUUGAUAUGGUGCUUGAUAACUUUAUACAUAGAUCAGUUAAUUCUGGACUUGGAUCUCCAAUGGUGGAAAUAAUGGCGGAUACAGCUGUAGCUCUUGCGUCUGCAAAUGUCCCAUUAGUGGCGAAGAAAAUUAUCGGACGAUUGUGCAGGGUCGUUGAUAAAACAUGCCAGUCACCAACACCUCUCUUAGAGCACCAUGUGAUGUGGGAUGAUAUAGCCAUAUUAGCAAGAUAUCUCCUUAUGUUGUCCUUUAAUAACAGUUUGGACGUAGUGAAACACCUACCUUACUUGUUUCACACAGUUACAUUCCUGGUAUGCUCCGGAUCUUUAAGUAUGCGAGCCUCAACCCACGGUCUGGUCAUCAACAUAAUCCACUCUCUCUGCACUUGUACGAAACCUACAUUCUCAGAAGAAACCCAGAGAUUGCUGAGACUAUCAUUGGACGAGUUUUCCUUACCGAAGUUUUACCUGCUGUUUGGGAUAAGCAAAGUAAAAUCAGCAGCUGUAACUGCAUUUAGAUCAAGCUAUAGGCAUCCCAAUGAAAAGUGGUACGGAAACGAACGAAGUUUUUCUGGAGUAGCUGGCCAGGAUAGAGAACGUUUGUCCCUCACAUCAUUGGAGGUUAUAACAGAUGCUCUUCUGGAAAUAAUGGAAGCUUGUAUGAGAGACAUUCCAGACUGUGAUUGGUUAACCAGUUGGACAUCGUUGGCAAAAAGUUUUGCUUUUUGUUUCAACCCUGCCUUACAGCCUAGAGCUCUUAUUGUUUUUGGAUGUAUUAGCAAAACAGUUACUGAUUAUGAUAUGACACAGUUAUUGAAGAUUUUAGUAAAGGCUCUAGAAAGUUUUACUGAUAUAGUGCUGAUAGAAGCUUUGGUUAUGUGUUUAACUAGGUUACAGCCCUUGUUGCGGUCAGAAUCUCCUAUACAUAAGGCCCUCUUUUGGGUAGCUACUUCGGUUCUACAGCUGGAUGAAACGUCUUUGUAUGCUUCUGGUUUAGCGUUGUUGGAACAGAAUUUGCACACAUUGGACUCGCAAGGGAUAUUUGAUGAGAAGCCUCUAGCUUCUGUGUUGAUGCAAACCAGAGAACCCUUGGAGUGGCAUUUCAAGCAGCUGGAUCACGCAGUUGGCUUGAGUUUCAAAUCUAACUUUCACUUUGCUUUAGUCGGACAUUUGCUCAAGGGAUAUCGACAUCCCACUCCUACUACAGUAUCCAGGACUGUCAGGAUUUUGACUAUGCUGUUGAGUAUCGUCGCAAAAUCCCACAAAAGAGAUAAGUUUGAAGUCACACCAGAUAGUGUUGCUUAUCUUACAGCGUUGGUUGGGUUUUCUGAGGAAGUGAAGAGUAGGUGUCACAUAAAACAUUCUUUACCCCGUUAUAUGGUAGAUUCCAUCUCCCAAGAGUUCAUUAUCGAUAAUGUUUUACAUCCCAGUGCUAUACAGCAUGGAACCACCGCUGCCAGUAGCACAUCCACUGGUGUAACCAGAAGACAAAAAUCUUGGGAGUUAUUAGAUCAAUCCGCCUUGGCACAGUCCAGCCAUAAACAGUCUACAGCACAACAUCAGGGACGGAGUACUAGAGUUUCUGUCAGCAAUGAAAACAAUGUACUUCUUGAUCCUGAAGUACUAACUGAUUUCUCAACGCAGGCUUUAGUACUAACUACUUUAGCUACUUUGGUCAAAUAUAGUACUGAUGAAGGGGAAACUAGGACUUUGUAUCAAUAUCUAGCCGAGGGAGCAGUGGUUUUCCCUAAGGUAUUUCCAGUAAUAUAUAAUUUGUUAGAUAUGAAAAUAAAUAAUGUUUUGACAUCCUGCCAUGACGAGGAGAUAUUGGGUGCUGUUAGAAACAUUAUCCAGAACAUGAUAGCAUGUGAGGAUACAGGGCAGCAACAACUGCAUUAUUUGCAGAGUUGUGGUUUCGGAGGGCUGUGGAGGUUUGCUGGACCAUUUAAUAAGUAUAACAAUAUGGCUGAGAGUAGCGAAUUAUUUGUGAAUUGCCUAGAAGCAAUGGUGGUGACUUGUCUUCCAACAGAAGAGCCUGAAGCGGAAAAUGGCGAGCUAACUCAGUACCCAUCUAUGCUGAGUGUUAGUUCAAAUAUGAACCUUUCUUCAAGUCUGUCAAGCCUGACCUUGGGAUCACCUACCGAAAAAGAAAUGAAUCGAGACAUUGAAGGUGGCAGCACAACAUCUCUGGGUCGAUGUUCAUUCCCAAAACCACGCUGUAUAAAAAAUAAGACUCACAUUCACGAUCACUCUUCAUAUGACUAGAACAAAUAUGGUUAGAAGAAAUAUUCUCAUUUUUGUUUGAAGUAUGUACAUACUUGGGCAGUAUCAAGCGUUUCGUCGGUUGAGAAUAUGAAGAACUUGUGAGGAACGUUUUCGCCAAACUUUUGAACACUUUCAAAAACAUUUUUUUCAAUCAAGACAUUUCACUCCCGUAAAUCAGAUAGGGAUGUAUCCAACUUGUCAGUAACAUUUCUCAUUAUGAAUUAUUAAUUUUGUCUAUAUAUUUUGAAAUAACAAAACUUGGAAAGUAUCUUUGGGUGAUCAACAGAAUGGAAGUGUACUCUUAUAAUACAAGUUAUUCCAAUAUUUCGAUAAAAUUUAUUAUCAUCUUCAAGGAAAAGCUACAAAAGGUUAUAAUGGUAUUAGUAAAAUUAUUGAAAUUUACAAACAAGGUUAAAACUUUCUGUUGUUGGGGAUGGCCGAGUCAAAAAAGAUGUGGAAUUAAAAAAAUAUUACAUGUCAGUAUAGUCAGAUACUUUCCAAGUUCCGUUCUUAACUAGUCAACAAAAACUGUCCUAUAACUACAUUUUGAAAUAUAUAGACAAAAUUUAUAAUUAGAAGUAUUACUGACCAUUUUUUGUUUUUGAGUUUGAUUCGAACACAUUAACUAUUCUGGGAAAAUUUGAUUUCAGGGGAUUGACAACUCUUAAAUGUCAAUAUGAACUCGUGUACAUCUCCAAAUAACAUUUCAACAACAUUUCUUGUGAGUUUUAUGAGUCAUGAAUGCCAGCCUGACACCAAAUUCUUCUGAUGGGAUCAAUUGAGCUUCACUAUAUCAGCUAACAAUGUCUCAAAAGUCUUAAAAUAACUUUCUGAGCCUUUCGUACACAAGAAUUUACAUUGAAUUUUCACCAGCUUUUUUUUCAUUCAUCAUUAGGUCGACAAAACUUAUCUUUCUGUUCUUUUUUUGCCAUCCAUUGACUUGCCAAAUGAUUAUAAACAAAGAAUAAUAUUUUAUUUAGUCGGAAGUCUCAAAAGUUGUUCAGUCCGUAUAAUAAAAUCUCCUCGAUAUGCGUAGUUGAAAGUUUUCAUAUUUAGAACGAUUGUUACAACUGACUUCAGUUUAACACCUUCAUUUAAAUUAUAAUCAGUUCAAAAAGAUAUGUGAUAACACCAUUUUGAUCAUACAUCAAAUUGAAUGUCCUUCAAGUUUCAACCUUCUCUUGAAAUCCCCAGAUGACACGUGUCACAUGAAGUAAAGUGGUCCCCCAUCACAGAUUAAGAAUUUCACUCCGGAGGUUCCAAUUUUACCCUAUUAAGAUUGACAGUGGGUGUUGAAUUUUGGUGUCAGAAGUGGUGAAAUAUUUUUCUACUGUUUUGAUCUUCAGAGUUAGUAUAUUGGAGAGGUAUGUUUGUGAUCAGCUCACGGAGUGUCGUUUCAAAGAAUAAAUAAUAUGUGAUGGACUUGACAGA